AUGUCAGGCAACGAACGUGUACGGGGUAUCCAGGUCCACCGGCCGAUCAUCUACGGCUCGCAGGCGCGGCUGUUGACUGAGGAAGAGCGCGCGUUGGCACCACCAGGACACACCCACCGCUGGACCGUCUUCCUCACCUCGGCAGCUACCCCCCUCCCAACCAAGACAGGCCAGUCGUCCACCGAUGCGGCGCCGGUCGAUAUGGACAAAGACUACCUCCCCGGAGGAGCGGACGAUAUGACGUACAUGAUCAAGCGUGUCGUCUUCCGCCUGCACGAAACAUACUCGAAUCCCAACAGGAUGUGUGAGAAGCCGCCGUACAAGGUCACUGAGACGGGGUGGGGCGAGUUCACAGUCAGCAUCAAGGUGACUUUUGUGCCCGAGGCGUCGGAGAAGGCGCUCUCGUUGCAACAUCCGAUCAAGCUGCACCAUUGGGGUGAGCCGCUCGAGGCACAAGCGCCACAACCUGAGACCACGGCAGCGGAGACGCCAAAGAACGGCGACGAGAUGAAGAUGGAGGCGGGGACACCCAAGCCUGACGGUGAGGCCGAGGCGUCUCUUGCCCCGACUGAAACAUCCGCGACUGAGGCGGCGACACCUGCCGAAGCGACGACGGGAGCUGCGACCCCCGUCGAGCCCGUGAUUAUCAACCCGUACGCGACAUCUGUGGGGACAUACCCCGUCCAUGCGUGGCAGUACGAUGAGAUGGUCUUCUCGGACCCCCCCGCCAACUUUCUCACCUUACUCGAGCAGAACCCCCCCACGCCGUUACCCUCUCGCCCUCGUCGUCCGCGCGACCAGCGUGACGAGCACGAGCUUAAGACGGGCAAGAAGCGCACCAAGCUAUCGGGCGCGCGGACUGGCAACACUUCGCGCGCUGGCACAGAAGCACCCGAGGGCAUGACGACGCGUGCAGGGACACCAGCGUCCGUGGCGACGCCUGCGCCUGGCCAGCCGCCUAUCAUCGGCGUCUCGGGUGAACUUGGUAGUGCAGACGUGCCUUUCGAAUUCUCUACCGACAUGGAGAAAGGCGAGUUCAACCGUCUCACGGAGACACGCGUCAAGAUUGUGCGCGAGAUGGACAGGUGGCGCGAGAAGCUCAUUGCGCAAGAAAAGGAGCUCGUCAAGCUAAAGGAGGAGUUGAAGAACUCGAUGGGGGUGCUAUGA